UUUGCCUCCUCCCCGAAUCGAUCGUGUAUUCGUGCGUGGCUGCGUGUCGUGGGGACUUGAUUAGUUGAUUAGCCGUCGCCGUUUGUUCGCGCGAGAGAAGAAAAAAAAAGCGGCAGUUUGUUCUGCCGGCGUACGUGUACGUGGAUCGAUGGCGUUGGAGGCCGUCGUGUUCCCGCAGGGCCAUUUCGGCUACGGCUGCGGCAGGGACUCGCCGGCAUACGGGAUGCCGUGGUGCGACGUUCUGGGCGGCGGCGGCGGCGGCGGCUUUGGUGAGUUCUGCGGCGUCGACGAGUGGGAUGACCAGCUGCGUGUCGCCUCGGUGGAUGAGUGGGACGUGGUGUCCAAGGAUCACUCGGAUGCUUCCACGGAGGGCAAGGCGCCGGCGCCGGCUCCCGAGCGGGCUGCGCCGGUGGCCGCCGGGAGGAGGAAACGGAGGCGGACGAAGGUCAUCAAGAACAAGGAGGAGAUCGAGUGCCAGCGGAUGACCCACAUUGCCGUCGAGCGCAACCGCCGCCGCCAGAUGAACGAGUACCUCGCCGUGCUCCGCUCCCUCAUGCCGCCGUCCUACGCUCAGAGGGGUGAUCAAGCAUCGAUUGUUGGAGGAGCAAUCAACUACGUGAAGGAGCUCGAGCAGCUCCUGCAGUCGCUGGAAGUCCAAAAGAGCCUCAAGAACCGUACCGCCGGGAUGGACGCCGGCGAGGACUCCCCUUUCUCCGGCUUCUUCAGCUUCCCACAGUACUGCACCUCGUCUCGCAGUGGCUGCAGCUCCGCCAGCGCCGGGAGCUCCGGCAAUGCAAGCAGCGUCGUCAUGGACGACACGGCAGGCUCCGCGGAGAGAGUCCGGCCGGCGGCCAUCGCCGACAUCGAGGUGACCAUGGUGGAAGGGCACGCGAGCCUCAAGGUGCUGGCGCGGCGGCGGCCUAAGCAGCUGCUGAAACUGGUCGUCGGCCUGCAGCAGCUGCGCAUCCCGCCGCUGCAUCUCAACGUGACCACCGUCGACGCCAUGGUCCUCUACUCCUUCAGCCUCAAGGUGGAGGAUGACUCCAAGCUGGGCUCUGUGGAGGACAUUGCCACCGCUGUGCAUGAGAUCCUGGGCAGCAUCCAGCAGCAGGAGGCCGUCCUCCCCAUCAGCUGACGCCGCGAUGGAGACGACACCGGAGACGGCCAUGUGAACCCCUGGUGCCCUGCCCGUCCUGGAAAUUGCAAGCAUGGCGCCUGGAUAGCUUGUUUAGCUUGUAACGUGUGAAUGUGAUGAUUUGUACCCUAGCCAACAGAGUGCUGCAUUCAUGCAGCAUCUCACGGCGACCUUAAUGAGAAAUUUAUAGCAACAUUUUGAACGCUUGUAAA